AAGUAAUGGCGGGCCUUUCCAGGGCAUCGCGGUUUAUGACGUCCCCGCAUUGAUGGAGAAGGACUUGGACACCAAAACCCCGGCCGUUACUGAGCAACGCGCGGCGGCCAUGACAACGCGCAAGACCAAAGCCAGCGCUACUUUGUUUCUUCGCCGAAGAACCGGAGGGAGAUAUGAGAUCCCCUGACGUUGGUUGUUGGCGCCCGCCCCCGGUCUCUCUGCCCAGCUCGGGGCCCGCCUUCGGCUUCGUGCGCUGGCCCGUGUGGGCCCGACCCAGGGCGUUCGCCAGGUGCGACAUAUGCCUGAGCUUUGUUAAUUUUCCGCCAGCCGACCGCGCCGCUUUUUUGCUGUUUUUCCGCGGCCGCCCAGUGGAAAGCCGUAUGGCCUUCCACCCACGGAAGAGAUCAAAGACACCACGAAGGCGGAUGCCGUUGCGAUCUUGGCGCAGAAACCGCGCCAAAGCCUGGGAAAGCCCAGGGCGGGCCUGCGCGAUCGAUCCGGGAGGGCCGGGCCAUGCAGCGCCCCCUCCCCCCGGGCGCCCGGGUCUAUUCUUUGUUCCCGCAGGCUGGCCGGGUCGUGGGGGGGUGAAUUAGAAGACCAAAGAAAAGGUGGCCGGCAUCGAUCGGGCGGGGGCCCUUGGCUAGUGAAUUCGAAGGAUGAGGAAACGAAGAGCGUGCCGCGCCAGGCCCCUGCCGCCCCUCUCUUACUUCCCCUGGCGCGCGCCCGCCGGCCGGGCCGCUUUUGGCUGGGUGCGUGCGCCCCACUCUGCGAGCAGGGGGGCCAUUUUCUGGCGCGCCCGCCCCCUGCCGAGUGUUGCCAUACGUCCGGCGCCUCCGUUGUUAAUUACAUCCUGGGCGCCCACGCCCGCCGCACACUCAUGGGAAGGGGGGUGGGCGUUGGGGGUCUUUCUAAGCCCGGCAAGCCCCUGUCUCCCGUAGUUUAGUGUGUUGCCGGGUAAUUCGGUGUCUGUUUGUCGCACGUAGAGAGCGCGCAGGCACACCUAUCAGCGCAGCCUGCCUUUCGGGGGCGCGCCCGGCCCCAAGAGGCAGGUAUCUUUUGUUGAGCAGGGCCCGUGUGUGUGGGCGGCCCGUGGUAAGGCCUGGCUCUUCCACGUCGUUGAGGACAGUCAAUAUAGCCCAUCUCCGUGGCUGCAUGGGUAUGAAGUCCUUUGUCCAAGAAGAGCUUGAUUGGCCAAUUUUCUGCCACCCAGUGCUCGUGCGUGUGCUUGAACCCGAGACGAGCCGUUAGCAUUGAUUCGCCUCAGGCCCCGGGAACGGCCUAAAGUCAGGAUUUCUUUCUCGAUCCUCAGUCACUUCUCUUCGCGAAAGACUUGCCGCUCU